AUGGGAGACUUUAUUGGCCAUAUAUCUCCAGGUUUGUUUCUGGUCUUCUAUGGUCUGUAUCAAGCAAUAAUAGUCUCCAGAGCUCUGAUACUCAACGACUCUCUCCUGUAUCCUUCCUACCUUUCCAAGAAUAAGGGGAAAUGGGCCAGGCUGUGGCAAAUAGCUCAUGCGGGCUGGUUGAAGGUUGUGAGUGGCUCCCUCUUGAUAGUUUAUGAGCUCAACUGUGUUGAUGAAGGGCUGACAUUUAUGACCAAACUGAUACCACCAAGGUUUAUGUACCCCAAGGAGUGGCAGCACCUCACCAUGUUCAUCCUCCUCACCCUUGAUGGCUGUGUGGAAGUGGUGAGCAAGAGUGUGCUGAAGCAGAGGUUGGUGCUUCUAGAAAGAGGCGCCACGGUGCUGGGUGUCUACGUGCUUCUGCUGCUGCUGGUGUCCCACGUUAAAGACUCAUCUGGGGUGGAGCUGCAGGUUCACUCUCUCCUCAUCUUGGUGGUGUUCCUGCUGAUGCUGGUGUUGACCGCUGAGCUGUGGGCUCCUGAGAUGGUCCACCUCUGGGUGAUAGAGACCUUCCUGUUCCUGACAAUGGGCUCAUGGCUGAUGCAGGCAGCCUUCAUUCUGUUUAGACCAGUCUCUGGCUUCCCGUGGGAGGAUGAUGACAUCAGUGACAUCAUGUUUAUCACCACGUUCUUCUGCUGGCACGUGAUGAUCAACGCCUUAUGCAUGCUGGGAAUCUAUGGCAUCUCUUCCUUUUGGCACCGUUGUUACAGACCCAGCUUGAUACCGAUGGGGUUCAAGGAAGUGCUGUUUCACAAGAGCUCUGAAGGAACCUUCUACAAGCUGCUGCAGAAGGCAGAGCAGCAGGACAGAGAUGACCAGGCUCCUCUCCUUUCAAAGAGCUCUCCCUGUGACAGAGCCUAGAAUACCAUGCCAUCUUCCUCCUGUGGGCUCUCCUGGGCACUUGCAAUGUACCCUUUGCUCCUUGGUGAAGGUAACGGCCCUGGAGGAUGGUAGUUGGUUCCCUGUCAGCCAUUGCACUCCCUGUCUCUGAGCCUGCAGUUAAUGCUAAGGAGAAGAGGCCCCAGAAUGAUGGGACUUAAGAAGAGGAUGGGAAGAAGACUGGGGGAUAGGUUCACACACAAGCAAAACCGGUGGUGGAGGGUGUGUGUGAAGCAGAAUGGUGUUGGAGAGAGGAGCCCAGAAUUCUGUACUCAGAGCUGUUUCUCUGAAUGCUUCACCUGAGGGAAUAAAGAUUCCUCACA